AUGGUUCAGGUUGCUCCGUCACUCUGGACAAGACUGGUGCAACGGGUUGCGCCCUACGCGCAGCUUGCCCGCUGGGACAAACCAACUGGUGUCUGGCUGCUCUACUUGCCAGGAGCCUGGAGCAUCGCACUGGCCGCUGGACUCGAGUCGACAACGAGCGCAGGCCACGGCACCGAGCCGCCAGUACAGCCGACUACUUCGCCUGUGGGCAGUCUCCGUCUACAAGGCGCGUUUUUGGCUGGUGCAUUCCUACUACGGGGUGCCGGCUGUACCAUAAACGACUUGUGGGACCGGGACAUCGACAAGCAGACUAUCCGAACUCGCCAACGACCGCUCGCUUCUGGACGCCUUCACCUAGGCCAGGGACUCGGUUUCGCGGCUGCACAGACGCUUGCGGGGUUUCCGAUCCUGCUCUGGAUAUCGACGCCAGCUCAGCAGCGGGCUCAACGCUUCGGGGUGCACCAGAUCCGCGACCUACUCCACUCGACAACGUUUCUGACGGGUGUCACAGCGUUGGUGCCGGCGACGUUGUAUCCGCUGGCGAAGCGGGUCACCAUGUGGCCUCAGGCUGUCCUUGGACUCACCUUCAACUGGGGUGUGUUGCUGGGUUGGUCUGCGGCUACGGACGGGUCCAUGGCGUGGCGCGUUGUACUCCCGUUGUACGGUGCCGGCUGGUGCUGGACCCUGGUCUACGAUACCAUCUACGCACACCAGGACAAGUACACGGAUAGACGGCUGGGUGUAGGCUCCACUGCGCUGCGUUUUGGCGAAGUGCAUGCCAAGACCUGGUUACGGGGCUUUGCUGCUGGCAUGGUUGCAAGCUUGACGCUCGUUGGGGUAGUUUCUGAACAGCCGUGGCCGUUUUAUGCGGGCGUCACGUUGGUAGGUGCGCAGCUUUUCCAUCAAAUACAGCGAGUUCGUCUCGAUGAUCCCGCGGAUUGUAUGCGACAUUUUCGUCGUAUGCCGCUUACUGGACUCGUGCUGUUGCUGGGUAUCGCAGGCGCCAAUGCAUGGCGUCAGCGAGUGCCAGUGUCGACGGAUACAGAGGCUGUCGUUGGCACCCAGAGUUCCGGCUAG